AUUUCUUUCAUUGAAAAUAAAAAAAUUUAUAAUGGUCGAUUAUGAACUUUUACCAAACUUAUCUGAAAAUUUACUUGGAACUUUAAACAAUAAUAAUGAAUAUCAUGAUAUUAUAAUUGAAGUUGGAAACGACCCUAACGUAAAAACAUUUCGUGCUCAUAUGAUUAUUUUAAAUUGUCGUUCUCCUUAUUUGCAAAGAAUAUUAUCAACUAAUAAAAAGAGUGAUGAUGGGGCUUUGGUACAUAUUAAAUUAACAGAUAUUUCUCCUGAUAAUUUUGAUAUAAUCUUAAAAUAUAUUUAUGGAGGGAGGCUUUCUUUGAAAGAAUAUGAUACUUCAGUUAUCAUUAAAAUCUUGGUUGUUGCCAGUAAACUUGGUCUCAAAGAAUUAACUCCAUAUUUGGAAUCUUUUUUGAUUGAAAAUAAAGGAAACUGGAUGGAGCAAAAUUUUAAUAUUAUAUAU